AUGAGAUUUUCGAAAUUAUACGAGAAAAAGGUGAGAAAUCAGCUCCAAAAAAGAGCAGUCGUGAAUGUGACAACGACAGCGUUUCGAAAAUGUCCGACCGCGUCGCGACCGCAACGCUUCACCUCGUUUUCCCGCCAAAUUCAAAUGGGUGCGACAGAGCACGCUUGCACUAUUGUUUGUCAGCGCUCACUUCCAUUAUAAUUUUCAUGACUCAUUGAACAUUCAACAUUGAAAAACUAGACUUGAAAUGAACAAAUCUUCAAUUUUCAGUUGUUUCGACAGCUUAAAAAUUAUCGGAUGCCCAAUGAAAUUGAGGAGUCAAGUCGGGAAGGUGAUCAGCUGAGACAAAAUCGAUAAAAUCCUGAUCUUCUUGCAGUUAGCCCUGCUCUUGACGACAACAGAAAGAAAAAAUGGAUGGCAUGUAUGAUUCUGCUGCUUGUGAAUCUCCUAAACUACAUGGAUCGAUACACAAUCGUGGGAGUCUUGUCUAAACUAAAACCGUUCUUCGACAUGAGCGACAAACAGGAGGGUUUCUUGCAAGUGAGUUCCAAAUAGAUGCUAAAGAAAUUGUUGUGAAUUUCAGACAGUUUUUAUCGCAUUCUACAUGGUGUUUGCACCACUUUUCGGUUAUUUGGGCGACCGAUACAACCGAAAACUGCUGAUGAUAACAGGAAUUAGCAUCUGGAUCUUGGCCGUGUUCGCGUCAACGUUCUGUGAGGAAGGGGUAAGAGGGUGAACAGAAAAAUGAGAGAAAAUGGGCACACCUGCUGGGAAGAGCGAAUGGGAAACGAAUGAAGGUUGACUGCACGAAUUGGGCGCGUUCGAAUAUGGGCGGUGCGUAGAGUGCACCACUGAACGGAGUGUGUACGGAACGGCGAGACGCAGAAGUGGGAAGGCCGAUGGCAGGUGUUGUGCACCAAUUAAGAACGCGGUUGCGAAGCAUGAACGAAGGAGAUUCGAAUUAAAAAACAAAAAAGAGAAAAUCUUGUUUUCAGCACUACUAUGCGUUUCUGCUCUGCCGUGGAGUUGUCGGAAUCGGAGAGGCUUCGUACGCAACCAUUGCGCCCACCGUGCUCUCGGAUUUGUUCAGCGGAGUGCAAAGAAGUCGCGUUUUCAUGAUUUUCUAUUUUGCGAUUCCCGUUGGUAGCGGUCUCGGCUUUAUCACCGGAUCAAAGAUUUCAACGGCGACUGAAUCGUGGCAGUGGGGAGUACGCUUCUCGCCGUUCAUCGGAAUUGCGUGUCUCGCGCUCAUGAUCUUUUUGCUCGAGGAGCCAGUGAGAGGAGGCUCUGAGGGGGCCAGGCAGAACGAGGACAAGGCGAGCUUGCUGGAAGACAUAAAGUAUCUCCUGACAGUGUAUGUGGAUUCUCCGAUAUUACAUCUAGAAUCCGUAACGCUUUCAGUCCUACGUUCAAACUUACCACACUUGCCGCCACUGCCAAUCUGUUCGCAGUCGGAACAAUGAGUUGGUGGACACCCAAUUUCAUCGGGUACGCCUACGGAACUAUCGAAAGAAAAGCGAAGAUUCCCGACGAUGAACGAGAUCGGUGAGGGUUUCAUCUAUUGUUUAAUGCCAAAUUCCAUUAUUUUUCCAGCAUCAGUACGAUUUUCGGUAUCAUAACCUGCGCGGGAGGUCUGUUCGGAGUCACAUGUGGAUCGCUGAUCUCUCGUGCCUGGAAGAAUGGAAAUUCCUUUUUCCGCAAUAGAGCAUCCGAGAAGGCCGACGUCUACGUGUGCGCCAUCUCAAUGUUCACCGCUCUGCCGUUCCUUUUCUUGGCAAUUUUCAUAGCGGAGCACAGUGUCAACGCGUCGCUCAUCCUCAUCUUCUUCGCCGUUUUCUCCAUGUGUCUCAACUGGGCGGUCAACGUGGAUGUUCUGAUGUAUGUGGUUGUAGCGAAUAGAAGAGCAACUGCCCUCGCCGUCCAAACUCUCAUUUCUCAUGCAUUCGGAGAUGCGACGUCCCCGUACAUUGUUGGAGUGCUCUCUGAUUGGUUCCGUGGAGAUGAAAUCUCGAUAGCGGCACAUUUCUUCGCCCUACAGAAGGCACUCUACUUCCCCUCAUUCAUGCUCGUUUUCGCUGGAGCCUUCUUCCUGGCAGCGUCGUUCUACGUGGAGAAGGACAGAAAGGAAGCACUCUUCCAGAUGGAUGGUAGGUUUUCCUUUAUAUGUGCAGAAUGUCUGAGAAACGCCAAAACAUUUUUCCGACCUGGCGGUCGGAGUGAAAUUUCCGAACCAGCGCCAACCAUGAGAGCCCCCGUGGAAAAGGAUAAAAACAAUUUUCAAAAAAUGUUCAGGAAUCCUAGUGGGUUGAAAUGAAUGGAAACUGAACAAAUAUGACCCAUGGAAGUAAUUCAGACAGUUAGAACAACUUGACAACCUGUUACAGUCCGCGUAAAUCUGGCAGCCUUACGACUGCCAGAUUUUUUUUCCGAACCAUGCCCGUUCCACUAGCCGGUCCUGAACUGCCGGCGCUCAACUCAAAACACCUAUGUUUUCCUUCAUGAAAUCGACUUGUAAAUGUUUUUCCAGCUCCUGACGAGUGGGAUAUCGGCAAUCCGGAUGACAUGGAUUCUCUUAUUAAUGCAGGAACGCAUCCAGAAAUAGUAGAAGGCGUCGUCGAAGAGCCAGCCGCCAUUAUCACGACGACGUCACCGACGGAGAGCUCCGCCUGACGGUGCGCGGAGGAACAGCAACAUCAACACCCGAAACAACGACCUUCUUUUAAUUCUUCCGUUAGAUUCCGUUCACAUAUCAUUUGGAAAAACGAUAUAGUUUUAGAUCGACGAUAAUAACGAUGAUCUCGAAAUAUUAGAAACCGACGAUGAAGAUGACGAGAUGAAUGACGACAGAUGCACAAUCCGAUUCGAAGAGACUUCUUCCCGCCAAAAAGGCGGUGCUGACGCUCCAGAUGCUCGUCUGGAAACGUCUUCAUUGUCCGAUGAAGCCGACGAAUGGGACGUGCAGAAGAGAGAGACUGGAGAAGAAGAGGACGAGGUCUUCUGA